AAAUAUACAGAGAGCUUCUGAGAGGGAAGACGUAAUGGUGUGAUUCCUUGUGCCCUUGCAAUGGUCAUCAUUCUAAUAUUACUCGACAAAUUCCAGAACCGGGAGUCGGAAUGAAGGGUUGCAAACUCUGAUUAUACGGAUACAUGUAUAAGGCAGGAGCAUCGUCCAUGUGGGCAUCAUGCUGCGGGCUGCUGAACGAGGUGAUGGGCACAGGGACGGUGCGCGGGCAGCAGCCAGGGUUCGGGGCCGGGGCGGGGCCCUUCCGCUUUGCCCCCAGCGCUGGGUACUCCACCUACCCCCCCACCAGCUCAGGGAGCGCAGGUCAGCUCUGCAAGGCCUGUGGACUGGCCUUCUCUGUCUUCAGGCGCAAGCACAUAUGCUCGGACUGUAAGAAGAGUUUCUGUGCCCUGUGCUCGGUGCUGCAGGAGAACCUCCGCUGCUGCACCACCUGUCACCUCCUGCGCGGCACGGCCUUCCAGAGACCACAGCUCAUGGCGCUGCGCGUUAAAGACCUGCGCCAGUACCUGCUGCUGCGCAACAUCCCUACAGACACCUGCAGGGAGAAGGAGGACCUGGUGGACCUGGUGCUCUGCCACCUGGAAGCAGGGGAAAACACCUCCACACAAGGAGCUGUAGAGGAGGAAGAGGAGGAGGAGGACACAGACAGCCUGCACUCCCUCCCCCACUCCCUCCACGCCUCGCCCCCCUCAGCCACACGACGCUCCGCCUCGGAGCAGUCGGCGCUCUCUGCCUCCCAGGGAGACGCUCCUCUCAGCCGGAGUGACAGCUCAGGGACCGCUCAGAGCCAGCAUGGGGAAGCUCCAACCAUCCCUCUCCUGCACCUGGAACCUGCCAGGGAACCUACCAUAGAGGUCAGUCCAGUGACGCAGAGGAGGAUGCGGGCCUCUUUAUCUGACCUGGAUAAUGAGGGGGACAUUGAGAGCCUGUCUGUUCGGCAGCUCAAAGAGAUUCUGGCACGUAACUUUGUCAACUACUCUGGCUGCUGUGAGAAGUGGGAGCUAAUAGAGCGGGUACAUCGGCUCUACAGGGAGAACGAGCAGAACAGGAAGUCCAUGGAAAAUGUCAGUAACAUCAACAGCAUGACCGCAGACAGUAUGAAGGCUCAGCUGGCCUCUGAUGAUCACCUGUGUCGCAUCUGCAUGGACGCUGUGAUCGACUGUGUGCUGCUGGAGUGUGGCCACAUGGUCACCUGUACCAAAUGUGGGAUGAGGAUGAGCGAGUGCCCCAUCUGCAGGCAGUACGUGGUGCGGGCCGUGCACGUCUUCAAGUCUUAACUCUGCCGUGAGCGAGCGUUUCAGCCGAGGACAUUGAACCUGCGGCAGAGUGUGCACAUGCUCGAAAAGCUGAAUCUGUAGUGAGGGAGUGUGAGUGGGCUGUGCACGUUUCCAAGGAUGCAACAGACGUGCACAUCCUCCAGUUGAAAUGACAUGCAGAGCAGACAGCUUCACACAGCCUAACUUCUAUUACUAGAACUACAAGUCCCACUCCUCCCCAGUGAUGGUCUGGACCCCACUGGCUGCACUGACUGACCUUCUACAAGUCUUUAGUGUAACACACACUGAACUGUUCCAAAAAUAACUCUACAAUAUCUUAUUUUACAGUGCUUCAUUUCAGUUUGUAGCAUUUUGAAAAAAACGUAUAAUUAACCAUGGAGCGGAGUUGGUCCCAUGGAUGCUUGAAUUGGAUGUGAUUGUUCAUGGUGAGUGGCUGAGGUGAUCAAGGUGGAAAUGAUGACGAUAUCCCAGGUUUAGAGUCGAUAUGGUUUACACACUCCUGUCACACCAGGCUAUACUGUACGUAUCUCCUUCACUGUUCUUUAGUAUGUGCAAUAUAAGAAAAAAGAGACUUCUAUGUGUGAGUGAGGGACUGUCUGUCUAUAAACCAGUCUGUAUGUUUCUGUGCUGUUUCGUUCUACACACACAUCGUAGGGUGUUUUGGGUGCCAAACUUCACACCACAACUACAGUACAUUACUGAUGUCUGAUUGCGGUUUCUAUGCCAAGUGUCACUCCUCACUUCAGGCCAUGCAUUGUAGAUUGGAGCAGCAUCCAACCCAAACUCAAAUGAAUCAAAUGUGUUCAAGCUCAAUGAUUGGUUAGAUUGUAGGGAGCCACAUGCUAUGGGUUAGUAAGGGGCUUCAGUUCAGAGUUGUUCCACCCAUCUCUUGCAUGUGUUUAGUCAGUCACAAGUGAUAUCACAUUAUGAUCAAUAUGUACUAUGUUGAUGAUCUUGUUUGGCUUGGAUAAGGCUCCCGUCUACUGCACGCUGUCUACUGUGGUAACAUGCCAUACACUGUGGCUGGGUCAUCCCAUGCUUUAUACUCCUGUGCUCUGUGUCGCUUUUAUUAAAGUCAGGCAUGACUGGCAAUGUGUCUCUGCCAUUUCAUUUAAUUAAGCAAUAUCAUGCCAUUAUUUUUCCAUAGGUGUUUUGUCCGCUUGUGUUGUCCAUUGGCCGUGUUCAACUCGAGAAGUAGGUAAUAGGUGCUUAUACUUAAACAUAUCUUUUGUCAUGUUGUGGGUGUGUCUUGUGAAAUCUCUAAUAUUUUUUUAAGAGAAUAAAAAGGAAGCAUAACCCAAGUCUAUUCUACAUGAAUCAGUUAAUACAAUCACACUUCUGUUCUUUCAGAUUUGUUGAAUGACUUUAAAAAACUAGCUACUGAUGCCUGUGGUACGUUAUAGCAGAAAAGCUUAUUGCUGUAAAAUGUAUUGCAUAUGAUAUCUAAUAUUGUUGUUUACUGAAAUGUAAUCUAUAGAUAAAUAUAUUUUUCCAUUUGCUUUGGAAGUCUUAUAUAAUUUAUUAGCAUUUAGUGAUAUUUGAGAGGUUGAAUUGCAAUGUUUUUCUAAAUGUAAAUGCACUUAAUUUGAUCAGAUGAAUAUGAUGCUCUGCCAAUCAAAAACAGAGCGCUUACUGAUCAUGUGACAGCUCACAAUUAAAGUUCUCUCCUUUUCCUUUG